CGCGUAACGCGCGUCAGUCAGUUGCUAUGUGUCCGGGUGAGGUGGCGAACGCGGCGCGCGACCCGAGAACGGAUCACCGUCCCUGAAGGGAACGGAGAUCGAGUCUCGCGCUCCCGUCCCGGCCGGGAAGCGGCGACGACGGCAAUAACAACGAUUGCUAUUACGACGACGACGACGAGGACGAGGACGAGGACGAGAGGCGAACGCGUAUAUUCACGCACUGUCCGAUCUUUUCCCCGGCGACGACGGCGACGACGACGACUGGGACAUCCUUCGUGCGACGGUCGCGGACGCCGCGGCACGAUUAGAUCCACGAGCACAUGGUCCGGCGAUCGCGAUGACCAUGAUCGCGAACCAACCUGCGUUGAUCAUCGGCCUCGUCUUCGUCGUCCUGGCGGCCACUUUCGAUCGCGGUGAAGCGAUAAUAUGUUACCAAUGCAACAGCGAGUACGACCCCAGAUGUGGCGACCCAUUCGAUUCGUACACUUUGGGGACUGUAAACUGCAGCUUUCAGCCUCGUCUGGAGCACCUCAGUCACUUGGAACCUACCCUUUGCCGAAAAAUCAGUCAAAAAGUGUACGGGAAAGAGAGGGUCGUCCGCAGCUGCGGCUACAUCACGGACGCCGAGAAGGACAACGGCGAGUGCCUUAUGAGGACCGGCACCCACGAUGUGCGCGCUAUAUAUUGCUCGUGUACCGGUGAUCUGUGCAACUCCGUCGAGAGUCUCCGCACGCCGUCCCUACUGCCACUGGCGUCUCUUCUGACUGCCGUAUUGGCGACACCGAGUCUGCUCCUAUCGUGCCCGAUCGUGCCGUCUCGUAUCUCCCUCUCAGCAGCCUAAUUCUGCCUAGUUGUUCUUCAAGUCGCACCCUGAAAAUCUGAGAUUCCAUCCCCGGCCCGUCGUUGCGCCGCACGGACCGUUCGUAUACCUUGGAUUUACUCCUCGUUCUGUUAUAUCGAUCGAUCUAACGCCAGUCGAUCGUUGUUGUCAAUUUCCCUACUAGCUACAAUUUUCCCGAUAAGAAGAUUGCGAGAUCACGAAAAAAUCUUCUUUGUUGGAUGGAUCACCCGAUCUUCAGAUAAGGGUUCGAUACAGCCAAAAUACUUAAGAUUUGGAUUGAUGAUUUUGGAAUAAUUAGAGAUACUACAAUUAAAAGAGCGAUAAGUAGCCUUAGACAACGUAGUGAUUUCAAAAUGAGUUAGAGUAAUAAGUAUGAUGGAUUGUGAUGGAUAAGUAUGAAAUAAUGGAUUGCGAAAGAAUGGCUGUAUCGUUCGCUGCUGGGGAAAAGUCGUUGUUCCGACUUUAAGGGUCGUAUUCAUAGUCGAUUCAUAGUGAUUCAAUUUGAGAUCCAAUUUGAGCUGAGUUUGAAUCAGUCUUUCAUUUGAAAAACGUUUCUCAAACCACGAUUUAAUAAAUCUGAUUGGUUUAAUCUUUAGUACAAAUCUAGCUCGCCUGAAAUGAUGAUUAAUCGUGGAUCGAUCUAUGGCAUAUGAAUACGGACCUAAGCCUAUCAACAAUUUUACCGGCUUUCGGCCUAAUUAAAUAGCGUCAGACAAUUGAGGCACGUCAAUCUUCACGCCGCCAACGAAGGAAACUUCGCACCCAAGCAAUAUUGAAUUUUUCCCAAAGCUGCUUGUCCCAAAGCAGCUGGCUAUUCGAAUUAUACAACGAAUCCGAUGCGUCGCCCCCUGUUUCUCAGGAUCUCGAGAUCGGCUUCUCAACGCGAGAUUAAAAAAUUCCGAUUUCUCGCGCAGUUGCAUUCACGAGGGCCUUUUUGAUAAUCGUUCUGAAGGACGAAGGACGACAUUCAGCUAACUUCUCGUAGAUAACUUCAAAUUUUCGCCGCUAAUGAAGAGAUUUUAGAUUUUAAUCGACCCCUCGAAUGGUGUCUUCGGCUGCGAACGGUCCGUAAUGUAGCCAGAUUAAUUAACGUAGCGUAACGGUGAUAACUGCCAGAUGCGCGAGGGCGACAUUUCAGUAGUAUACAUAUCUCUGCGAAGAAAAAAAAAUAGGAGAAAACGUAAAAAAGAUACCACGGCCUCUGCGUAUAAAAGAAAAAAAGAAUUAAUCACCGACGCCUCUCGUGUUGCGCUGAUAUCGCGCUUAUCGCGCGAUUCUCAUUCGGAUUUCAUCGGCUGUGUUGACUCGGCUGUUCAGAUAGAGAAUUUCCGGAUAUUUUUUUGCAUAGACAGAUUAAGAGGAAUCGAUUAAGGAAUCCCUUCUACGUUUAUUUGUUAUUUAAAUUUCUCAAAAUUAUUCUUAAAUAUUUACAAAUGUCACUUAUCACAGUUUUUUCCAACAACCUCACGCGAUCUCUUAAAUCUGCAAAGUUCCAUGGUUUAAAAGAAAUGAUGAGUUUUUUGCAGAAUGCAUUCCUGUCGAUUCCUAUCAAUUUGUCUACUUUUGUAUAGGAACGACCGAAUUUUAACGUGCGAUAUCGGGAUAAAAGAAAGAGCGCAGCAGGAGGAGUGAAUAUCUUAAAAUAUCUGAAAAUUUACGAUUAGUGUAACAAUAAAGAGUAAAAUACACGGUAACAAAGUAGCGGCAUCGCGAUAACACAUUUCGCACCUCGCCUGCUACCGCUGAACACAUUCGCGUGUCUGUGCAUAAGUGUGCCUGCCUGUAUGUGUGUACGCAUUAAUUACGAUGUACGUAUAUGCACGCGAAG